UAAAAGAGGCGGAUCAAGUAUACAUCCGGGCAUUUUAGGCGUUAUUGGUAACUUUUCAAUUCUUUGGAUUGGAACCGCAGUUGGGCCAUGAAAGAUGACGUCAAACGACUUCACUAGAACACAAGUACGGACAAAAACGCGGAUUGAUAAACGGCCAAUCAUUCCAACCACGACAACGUCGCUGGCUCACCCACACACUACGGAAGCCCAAAGCGAAGGGACAGAGUACCUAACAAAAAAAGAUAGCUAGCUAGCGAAGAUGGCGGCGGUUUCUUUGCAGGGCAGUAGCUCAAGUCCAGCAAGAGAACUUACCCUUUCAACACAAUCUGGGACGAACCAGGCUGUUCUUGAUCGGGUAAAAGCUGAAGAAGGGACAGAGGCAGAAAGGCAAAGUCGAGUGAAUGCUUUGUUGGAGAGACUUCAUGCCAAACACAACGCCUUGCGGCCAUGGCAGGAGACCAGCAAGGUGGUGCGCCAGGCAAUGGAGAAACGUGGUCAGAUGAAUGCGGCUGGACAUCAGCUCCUGCUCUCCUGCUUGGAGACCCUGCAGAGAGCUCUGAAAGUGUCCUCCCUGCCCUCCAUGACAGAUCGCCUGGAGUCCAUUGCUCGACAGAACAUGCUGGGCUCCCACCUGAGUCCGUCGGGGACCGAGUGUUACAUCACCUCAGACAUGUUCUACGUGGAGGUGCAGUUGGAUGCCGCAGGGCAGCUGGUGGACGUGAAGGUGGCCCACCAUGGGGAGAACCCUGCGAGCUGCCCAGAGCUGAUUCAACACUUGAGGGAUAAGAACUUUGAAGAAUUCUCCAAACAUCUGAAGGGCCUAGUCAACCUUUAUAAGCUUCCUGGUGACAAUAAGCUGAAAACAAAGAUGUACUUGGCACUUCAGUCCUUGGAGCUGGAUCUUACUAAGAUGAUGCACAUGUUCAGGUUAGCCACAAACGCUAACACAGUGGAGACCAUCCUUCACGGGAGCGUGGGCCUUCUCACUGCCAGGAGUGGUGGCCAUCUUGUCUCCCUGCGGUGCUACGUGUCCCCGUACGAUGUGUUCGAGGAGGGAACAGGCAUGCAGCUCAGCUUCAUUGACACAAAUGUCCCUCGUUCUCUGGGCGUGAGUGUGUCUGUAACGGUGGAGGGGACCUCCUCGGUCUACAAGCUACCCAUCGCACCCCUCAUCACAGGUUCUCACCCGGUGGACAACAAGGGAACCCCGUCCUUUUCCUCUGUGACCAACUCCAACUGUGUGGACCUCCCGGCCUGUUUCUUCCUGAAGAUGAACCAGCCAAUGCCUUUCUCCCUCUCCUUCAUCCAGAGGAUGCAGAACGCUACAGGGAUCCCCGUGUUUGAGGCGCCCCCCACCCUGUCGCCCCUCUACGAGCUCAUCGUACAGAGUCACCUGCAGGAGGAGGGGGGGGACCCUCCGAACAGCCCCACCCACGCCAUGCGCUUUUAUGCUUCUUUGCCCGACCAGCAGCACUGCUACUUCCUGAAUGGCGACGCCCCGGUGCAGGAUGGUCGCUCUUUGCCCGGAGCGCUGGUGUCCAAGAUUCCCUUCCGCCACCCAGCCCAAGUACCUGCCCUACUGGAUGUCAUCAGGCACCAGGCAGCUACGAACACUCUGAUCGGCAGCUGUGUCAAGCGGACAUUCAUCAAGGAUGACACCCCAGGGCUGUUGCAGUUUGAGGUGUGUCCUCUUACUGAUUCCAGCUUCAGCGUCUCCUUCCAGCACCCGGUCAACGAGUCCCUAGUCUGCGUGGUUAUGGACGUGAUUGACUCCAGGCAGGUGUCCUGUAAGCUUUACAAGGGCCUAUCAGACGCCUUGAUCUGCACUGAUGAUUUUAUCACCAAAGUAGUCCAGAGGUGCAUGUCGAUCCCAGUGACCAUGCGAGCCAUCCGCCGGAAAGCAGAGACCAUCCAAGCGGACACGCCGGCUCUGUCCCUGAUCGCCGAGACAGUGGAAAUAAUGGUGAAAAAGAACCUGCCCCCAGCUGGCAGUCCGGGUUAUGGCAUGGGCACAGGGGGCGACCCCACCAACCCAAUGGGGCUGCCGGGUGUGGGUGGGGGCAACACCCCCACCGGGAACAGUGGGGGAGGCAACUUCCCUGGACCGAACACAUCUCUGUUCGGGAUAAAUCGCAGCCAGAGUCAGGGGGGAGAGUGCGGUCCGACACAAGGGGGGGCAGCUGGACAGCAGCAGCAGGGGGGGAGUCAAUCAGGGGAUGAUUUCAGCAAAGUUACCCAGAAUCCCAUCCUAACCAGCUUGCUUCAGAUCACCGGCGCCGUGGGCACAAGCCCUACCCCCCAGAACAGCUCCUCUGGGUCGCAACCCCACCAAACUCCGCCUCCAACCUCCUCCCCAGCCACAAACACCAAAAACCACCCCAUGUUAAUGAACCUGCUUAAAGACAACCCCGCUCAGGACUUUGCUGCCUUGUACGGCUCCAGCCCCUUAGAGAGACAGAACUCUUCCUCCGGUUCGCCCCGCACCGAUAGCAUGGGCGGCGCCUGCCCCGCAGGUGGCACAAAGGGCAAGAAGAAGCGCCCCAGGGGGAUGGAGAAGGGUGGGGUGGCAGGGUCAGGCGGAGGGGGGAUGGGAGGGAUGAACAAGCAGCCUCACCACCACCAGCCCGCCGAGGACGACUUCCACCGCGAGCUCUUCUCCAUGGAUGUGGAUGCCUCCCAGAAUCCUAUCUUCGACGUCAAUCUGCCUGGCGACGGCUUGGAUACUCCCCACAGCAUCACCCCGGCCCCCAGCCAGUGCGGGACGCCGCCUUCUGGCGGGGGAGUUCCCUACCACUCUCAGUCACAUGUCCAGUCCCAGCAGCAGCAGCAGCAACAAACCUCGGGAUCAUCCUUGCCUCGCAUGGUGCGCUUGUCGAGCUCCGAUAGCAUCGGUGCGGACAUAAACGAGAUCUUGUCGGACUUACCCGAGCAGACGGGCAAAGGCGGCGGUGGCUCGCACGGGCAGCACCACCUAGGCGGUGGGGAGGAUGGGGGCCCCCUGGGCACCCCGCACCGGGACUCGUCCAGUUCUGGCCAGGGCAGCGCCGUGUUCGAGGCGGACCUCUUCAACACCAACAGCAAUGAGAACCCCUUCACGGACGCCGCAGACCUGAUCGCGGAGGCUACCGCCACCGCCACCACCCCGACUAGCGACUCCUCGUCCACCAACUUCUUCCCUGAUGCGGUGGACUUCAACCCCGAGCUUCUAACCUCCACCCACAGCUUCCCCCCGACUUACUUUGACGACAGCUCACCCAGCGCAGACGGAGACCUCGACCUGGUCAAAGGCUUUGGUGGCAGCAGCCAGCAGAACACGCCGUCGGGUACGCCCCAUAACCCCACCCCUCACGGCCAGAGCACCCCCGAACCUACCCUCAAGGACCCCUUUGACAUGCCAGGCAUGGGGUUUGGGGGCAGCAGCGGUGGGGGAAAGCCACUGCUGGGCCAGGCCCCGGACCUGGGGGACCCGCACUCAUCCCACAUGGGGGGAAGCCAGAGCCCCCUCAUGAUCGGCAUGGGAGGGGCGAGCAGUGACUUCAAGAGCGGUGAGGCCAAAGCCAAACAGCAGCAGCAGGGACUUAUGAGGACUAAAGAUGACAACGGGGGCGGCAGUGGGGGCAACUCGGGGAUGGGGAUGACGGGCAGCAGCUCCAACGAGGGAAAGCAAGUGAAACGCAGCCGCACCCCCUCCAGCGAGGGAAAGUCCAAAGACAAGCCCCCCAAACGUAAGAAGCUCGAUCCCGACGGGAAGUCCCCCUCCCACAGCUCAGGGGGUCGACCCUACACCCCACCCAGCGGAGGCUCUGGAUCGGGGGGAUCCAAGUCUCCUGUAAGUUCUGGGAGAUCGCAGACGCCCCCUGGAGGUGCCACACCGCCCAUCCCUAAGAUCACCAUUCAGAUUCCCAAAGGAACGCUGUCUGGAGGAAAAACCUCAUCCCAUGGCGGGUACACUUCCAGCAGUUCGGCAGGUGGUGGAACCGGGAGUGCAGGCAGCACAAGUGGAAGCAAGAGCCAUCAUUCCCACUCCUCAUCUUCCUCGGGCAAGAUGAAGAGCAGGGAGGGCUCCCUGGGCCAAGGCAGCAGCUCCAAGCCUGGGAGCAUGGGAGGGGGUGUUGGUGGCCCCCCCCAAAUGAAGAGCACCUCUCAGGGAAUGGGCAUAGGGAAGCCAGGUUCUUCCCCCAUCACCAAACAUGGACUCUCCGGAUCAGGAAGCAGUGGGGGUGGAGUUGGCAGUGGGAAUAAGAUGAAACCCCAGGGGGGCAAGCCUCCGGGAUCCCUCAUGAACCCCAACAUCAAGCCCAACAUCUCCCCAUCGCACUCUCGCCCCAGCGGCUCUGACAAGCUCUCCUCCCCCCUAAAGAUGCAGCAGUCACAAGUCCCGGGAACUCCCCCGUCCUCCAAGGCCAAGUCCCCCAUGGGCUCAGGGGGUGGCAGCUUGGGAGGGUCCAAGUCGUCCAGUGGGGGGAUGGGCUCCCAGAAGCAGCUGGGCGGCGGGGGUUCCUCUUCUGGCUCCUCUUCUUCUGCCUCCUCCAGCUCAUCAUCCUCCGGCUCCAUGCCCUUUUCCGGUGGCUCUCAGUCCCAGUAUGGCUCGGGCGGGGGAGGAGGGGGUGGCGGGGGAGGAGGGGGGGGAGGAGGAGGAGGGGGUGGCGGUUGUGGUGGCGGUGGCGGCGGAGGACAAGGGAGCAAUGCAAACAAUCCCAAUGCAAGAGGCAAGUCCCCCAGCCGCAACAAGAAGCCCUCGCUAACCGCCGUCAUAGACAAGCUGAAGAGCGUUGGCAGUGGAGGGGGGCCUGAUGACGAGGGAGGCCCACCCGUUGGCGGCAAUGGCGGGACAGGAGGAGGUGGACCUGGGGGCGGGCCUCCAAACCUCGGCCCCUCCUCCAAGCACAGAAUGUCCUCCCAAAGUGGGGAGUACCCAGUCAAACGAGACAAGUCAGACAAAGAGGGCCGUGAUAAGUCCAAAGUGUCCGUGACGGACGGCACCGGCGGAGACAAGAAGCUCAUCGAUCCCAAAACGGGAGCUGUGAGCAGCACUGGUGUGGCCAAGAUCAUCAUCAGCAAGCCGGAUGGCGGCUCCCCCAGCAUCAAGGCCAAGGUGACCCUGCAGAAGCCGGGCGAAGGCUCGGGGGAAUCCAUGCGGCCGCAGCUUUCCGGUCUCAAGGCGUCACCGCUGUUUAGCGGCUCCACGCCCAAGCACGACCGCUCCUCCCCAAGCCACAGCCGCUCGCCGGGCUACACACCGCUCAACCACGACAGCGAGAGUGAGUCGGGAAGCAGCUCGGUGGCCGAGAAGUCCCACCAGAACAGCCCCAGCUCGGAUGACGACCAGCUCAUCCGUCCCUUACCCCCCCAGGAUUACAUGAGCUCCAUGCCUCUCAGCUCUGGGGAGAAGCACAAGAAGCACAAGAAGGAGAAGAAGAAGCAAAAAGAGAGGGAACGGGAGAGGGACAGGGACCGAGAGAGGGAGAAGAAGAAGUCAUCCAUGUCAGCUGGGCCCAUAUCGCAUGUACCCAUGAAGGCUGACAGCUGGUCGCGGUCGCCCAUUUCGGCUUCCGAUACGUCGCUCUCCAUGAUGGGUUCGGACCGGCCCUCCCGCCCCAGUCCUGUAUACAUGCGGAAUGAGGACGAUGACCUCAUGGACUCGGCCCUUACUGGCAACCUAUAACCCUUCCGGUUGACACAUUUGAUUCUAUUUGGAUUUUUAAGAAACAAUCUGUAACUUUCAUUUCUAGUCAAAAGACGCCCCUUCGGGGUUAAAAAGGUGGAACAAUAAUUUGAAGGUUGCUGGUUCAACACUAGGGCUAGGCAAAGAAAAAUGAAAGAUGAGCUGUCAGAUUGCUGGACAGAUCUCAGUUGUACAAUUUCCUGUUAUUGUGCCCUACCUUAAGCCCUAAAUAGCACAUUGCUGGUUCGUUCACUUUUGACUUUAAAUGAGAUGUUACAGGUUUUGCCUUUUAAUAGUCUUUAUUACAACUUUUCCUUUGGUGUCUGUGCCAUAUUUGCAAAGCCGAUGAUAUUUUGCAGUUAAAGGGAUUGUUAAUUUGUCAUCUAUUUAAUUUGGCCUACACCUUUAAGAAAGGACGUCCAUAUCGAAACACAGCAUCUAAUUUUAGCUGCUUUUGUAUCCAAGAGGUUAGUGAGAAUUAACCAUAUGUGACUGAGAAUAAUCCACUUGAAUGGGAUUCCAACUGCUUUUUGUUAGUAGGACACUCGUCUAUCAUCCCUGUGAUCUGACUUUUUCCACAUUGAGACUUCUGAUCUCACCUACAGUAUUCAAGAAAUGUUGUUAAUAAUGGGUCAUAAAGCAAAACAUUAUUAACACCCUGAGGUCGAAGCAGAACAUUUAUUUUUUACUGUAUGAUUAGUUUACAGUCAUGAUAGCUGUCUUUUACAUUAAAAUUUUAGCUGAUGGUUGCAGCAGCUUGUUGGUCACGAAGUCAAAGCUAAUGAACGUGUCCAGUUGGCGUUUAUGACUUCACAACUGGUCCAUUCCCACAUCUCAUGUAGUUAAAAACACGGCAUUAGUCAACACUGCAAUAUCAGCAGAAUUUAUGAGUUGUAUUACCUGCGUUGUUUUUUCCUCUAUUUGGUUUGGCAACACCAAACUGCAACCCAGCUUCAGAUUUAAGAGUAUAAAGUGUGAAAACUAUAGAAUCAGACCAUAUUUAAGAAUAGGUUUUAUGACAUUUGUUUUAUAAAGUAUUAUUUAGCCAUAUUUGAAACAUCAUAUUGUACAGUGUUUAAAUGCCUUAACUGUUGAUUCUGAAGAUAGUAACUUUUAAAUUUUGAUACUUCUUUUACCAUGUUCAUGGCCAGGUUCAAGUUGACAUACAGGGACAGAUGAUAAUGAUUAUUAUGUAUGCUGUUUGACAUACGAUACAUUACCCCCUGUUCUUUUUUUAGCAUAGACGUUGGGCAAGCUUGAAAUAAAUAUUUCAAUGCAGAA